UCCAGUGCCACCGGCUCGAACACUUUUGAAAAACAACGCGAUUUGCUUUUACAGGAAAUCACCACCAACUUGGAUUCGGUGGUUAAUAAUUUGGAAAUCUUAAAUCGUAACUUGAACACUAGUGUUCAAGUUGGUAAAGAAUUCGACAACGUUGGUAGAUUAUGGAAUUUAUUUUAUGAUGGAAUUAAUGAUUUACAAAAAAGACAAUCUACUGAUGAAUCC